UGAGUCAAAGAUGUCAUGAAAUUAGCGGCAAAACGUGAGCAUUUGUAUUGAACUUACCGCGUAUUUUAUUAUAUUGUGAAGAUUUUAGCAUAUUUGUUUUGAUUCGUUAUUUUAUAUAUAACCGAAAGAUUGUGAAUUUGUGUAUAUUUUUGUACGAUUUUUGCCAUAUUAAACUGUGUAUGACUGCAUGUUACAAGGUGCGUAGGUUGGUAAAGAGGCAGUGUACUAAUUAUGUCUGGGAAGCGUAAUAUAUCAUACGUGAAACCGCAAGAUCCCAGUUUUCUAGCCAAGUUGAAGUCACAAAUCGGUUAUAAAGAAGGGCCAACUGUGGAAACCAAGCGUCAAAAAUUAGAUUUCGACGGCAAUAGCUCAGAUAGCGACCGGGAGGAGGAGAAACCCCAAAUCGUUGUGUUGAAGAGUGGAGAUUUGACAGCUGAAGAAGUGCAGAAAGAGGAGGCUCGAAUCGCAAAAGAAGCAGCGGAGGCAAGAGCCGAUCUCAGUAAGCCAAUAGUGUUCCAAAAGCGAAAAGAAACUCCGAGCAAUUCGGCAGCAUUGACAAGUGCCAGCAGCUCAAUAUCCAAAAAUCAUAGUUCUAAUACCACUCAAACAAACAAAAAGGGGGAACAAAGUGAAAAAACAAACAAAGACCAAGGAUCCAAAUCAAUUAAAAAGAAGAAGGAUAAGCAAAAAAGCAAGCUAUCAUUUAACGUAGACGAGGAGGAAGACGACGAACUAUAAAAUUUAAUCCUUUUCAAAAAUAGCUUCACGCAAGGCAUUAUUUAAAUUUGAAAUAGUGUCCAAAACAUCCCAUUUGAUGGUCAAAAUUUAAAUUUGGUUGAGAAAAUAUAAACGCUUGAAGCAAAUGACUGAAGUCGAUGGUAUAAUGCCAGAGGCAACAACACAACCCAUUUCCUCCACUCAUG